GAGCGCGUAGCGCUGCUCUCGGACGAGCAGCUAAUCCGGGGAUUAUGGCCGAUCUGCAGGCAACCGUCGAGUUCGCGGUCGAGUUGCACAAGUUCUACAAUGUGGAUCUGUUUCAACGCGGGUUAUACCAAGUGCGAUGCUCACUGCGCGUAUCACCGAGACUUCCGGUGCAGGUGGAAACGUGCCUACCGGAUGCGGCCACCACCGGCAUACCGUCGGUACAGUCGGUGCUCAACAGUGCGAAUGGCAACAACAACAACAACAACAACAACAGUAGUGCCGGGACCGCUAGCAGCGCCGGUGCGACGAAUGGUGGCAGUGGCAGCGUCGGCUCCAGUGUGGCCACCACCAUUACCAGUGGCAACGGAACCGGAACAGGGGCGAGCGGUCGAGAGUCACUGCCGAGCAUAGGCAGCGGUGGUACUGGGACCUCGAUCGGGAGUACCAGCGGUGGUGGUGGUGCGGUUGGUUGCAUUUCCGGUACGACGAGCAGCAGCACCAACGGGCAUGGAGCACCGUCGAGUGCUGGCUCGAGCCAGACGGCGGGCAGUAGACCGGCGGCGGAUGUGGGUUCGUCUUCGGCCGGAAAUGUCCUGAGUGGAUCGUCACUGUCAUCGAUGCCGAGCAGCGCCAACACACCGAACUCGCUGGCCACCACCAACUCCUCGUCCGGUAUGGGUGCCUCGUUCGGCUCGGUCAACGGUGCCGCUGGGAGUAGUAGCGGUGGUGGUGGUGGUGGUGGUGGUGGAGGAGCCGGUGGUGGAGGCAGCAGCGGCAACUCACCGACCGCCAGCUCCGACAGCCGGUCCGGUGCGACCAUCAUCGACGAUGCCGGCGCCUCGCGUGUCUUUCAGAUACUCUAUCGCAACGAGGAAGUGUCACUGCGCGACAUUAUCAUGUUCCGGGCGCACCUUCUCGUGGAUAGCCGACACCUGAAGGAAUCGAUCGAGCGGGCCGAGUUCUCGCUGAACCUGGAGCUGUGGUUCGGUGAGCAGACGAACGGGAACGUACUGACGCUCGCCUCGACCCGGACCCUGCAGCUGAACUUUCAUCCGGGCCGAGGCCUACACUACCAUCUGCCGGUACUGUUCGAUUACUUCCAUCUGGCCGCGGUCAGCGUCGGGAUACAUGCCAGCCUGGUGGCCCUGCAUCAACCGUACAUCAAGAAAAGCAUUUUCCACUAUGUACAAAGCUGCGCACCCAAAUCGACGAAACCGUGGAUGGGUGGUUCGAAGUUGAACUGCCGCGGUGGCAACUCGCCCGGUCCCCUUGAGGCCAUCUUCUUCGGACCACAGGUCGGUAGUGGGGCGAAGUGUGGCGGUGGAUCGGCCGGACGGCUCGUGCACGCCCGGAACGUCCACAAGGAUAUCUGUGCCUUGCUGCUGGGGGCGCUUGAGUCGCUCCGGUUGUCGCUACAGGAGUUCUGCACCGUACUGCCCCACCAGUGGUCCGCCCUUACCGGUUCCACGCCCCUCUCCAACCUCGACACCGAGCAAAGACUGAGGAAACUGUCCGAUUCGGCAAAGCUACUGGAUACGGAGGAUGAUCUGGCGGCCCGGGCCAACUCGGACAUUGCGCAGCUGUGCGCCGAGUGUAUCCUGUACUGGCGCCGUGUCCUGUCGGCCGCCACGCAACCGGCAGUCCAUGGGUUGCUGGCCAAGAAGCAUCACACGCUGCGUGUCCGUCGCUUCGCCGAGGGCUUUUUCGUGAUCGACAACCCGCGCCAUUUGGCGAGUGGUUGCUAUGACUCCAACUACCAGAACUAUGUGUCGAUCUGUGAGAGUGCACGGCGUUCGCGGUACCUUUCUUCGCUGCCACCACUCCCGGUGCACUGUACACCCCUCGAUGGUGAUGCCAAUUCGUUGCCACUCAUCUUCGAGGAUCGCUAUACGGAUGCGCACGAGUAUGGGAAGAGGCGAUCGGGCAGUGAGCCACAUCUGAAUGGGACACGGGAUGUCGGUGCAUCCGGUACCACCAUCACGGCCAGUACCGGGAAUAUGCUGACGACGUUGCUGAAGCCCGGUGGCAAUGGUAGCCUCAUUCCGAACCACUCGGGCAAGCAGCAGCAGCAGCAGCAGCAAUAUUCUCACCAUCAUCAUCAUCACCAUCCGAACAAGAUUGCUCCAAUGAUUAGCAUCGCCGGUGGUGGUGGUGGUGGUGGGGCCGGAAAGGAAUGUUCCUGCGGUCUUGGACCAUGCUAUGGUAUCGAUCCGGUACCGAAGCUCUGCGGUGGUAGCUAUCUGGGCAUCAUGACACCACGGUACGCACUCGGAGGGGACAUUCUGCAGGCCAGUCUCACGAUCACACCGGCGGCCGCCGCUUCACAGAACGGACUCGGCCUGAAAACGUUGUCACGCCAUUCGGUCACCACGCUACUCGGUGGUGAGCCGAUGACCGAGGCCGGCUGUCAUGGUGGAUGGGAUCAAACGUUCAAGGGCGUGUAUACGGCCGGUCCAGUGCAUGGAACACUGCCGACGCGCCACAGCAAAUCGCUCGAUCAGCUCGAGCUGCAUCCAACGGCUUCACUGCCACGUCAAAACUUUCACGGCAACAAUGGUUACCAGCAGGGCUACCCGGGCUCCCAGGCUAGCUCAGGUUCUGGGCACCAGCAGCAGCAGCAGCAGCAACCACCACCGAGACAAUCCAACGCUGGCAUGUAUCAACCACCGCCACAGCAACAGCAGCAGCAGUUCGCUGUCGGCGGUGUUGCCCUACUGCAGACACUGCCCAAGUCUAAGCCCAAGAAUCCGGUUCAGGCGGAGGAUCUGCUGCGAAACAUUAACGAGUUCCGGGAGAAGUACAAGAAUCCGGGCGAUCCCCGGAAACUGCUGCACGCCGGGGCGACAGCGAUCCACAAUCCGACCUACGAUCUGCAGCAGGAUGUAGCCCUCUCGGGGCUACUGAAUGGAUACGGUCAACCGCCGAAUCGUACCGGGCACGGUGACUAUCGCCAUGAGCUGAAGACACAGGGAGCGCCACGAUCAACGUCCUCGCACCACAACAGCCACAACAUGGAGGGACCGAUGGAUGGUGGAGGUCAAGGAUUGGGGACUUCCGGACCAGCAGGAAGCUACUACAACUCGCUACCGAAGGGUGCCGGCCUUGGUGGUGGUGGUGGUGGUAGCAAUGGCAAUGCUCCCCGAAGUUCCUUCCCUCCUGUACGCAGCAAACCUAAAUCCUCUCAGCAGCAGCAGCAACAGCAGCAAUCGAGCUCCACUUCGCUACCGACCAAGUCCAGCUCGAACACGAUCCCACGGAGUAACUCAUCGCAGCAGCUACGGAACGCAACGCAACACAACGGUGACCGGCGUGAGAGUGGUGGCCACACGGGUGUGAACAGUGCCACGUUACCACACCGUUCGGUCGAGUUUUCGCGUAUCCGUGUGACCGACUUCCGCCAGAUGGUAACGAUAGCGAACGGAUCCGGACCGAUACCGUCCGCUACCGGGCACUCGAGCAGCUCGGACAGUCCAACCGAGGUAACGCCGCGGACACGCAACAAGCAACAGCGCCGGUUGCUGUCGUCGGCCAGUGUUCCUUUUCAACUCGAAAACUUAGAGCUCGUGGAACCGGUUCGCGGACCGGUCGGUGGUUCGGUUGUGAUCCCCGGUGCGGGUGGUGCCGUUGGUGGAUUCAGCGAAUCACUACCGAACCUGGCACCACCACCGGCAGCUUUCGCCAGCAAUUCACCACCCACGGGGGCCAGUUUCCGGUUGAGGCGUCGACACUCGAGCAGCGAGUCCACGUCCUCCCUGAGCGAACAGUCGGGUUGGGUGUCGAGUCGGCGCAGCUCGGGACCAUCGAGCCCCGAUACGCUUCGGAAUGCCGAUCAACAGCAGCGCAUCGUAAAUGGGGAGCAGCUGCGGAAGAAGCUACUGAAGCUACUGAACGAGCAACCACGGUUCAUGGCCACCGGGAGUGGUGUUGGUGGUGGUGGACAACGCAAGAACAGUACGGCCUCGUCGACGGCCGAGUUUUUUGCGCGCAGCAACCAGAGCUCGAUGAAGUCGAAACCGACGGCGACGGCAGCUGCGGGUUCCGGCGCUACCCCCUCCGACAUGUUCCGUGGUUCGGUGCAAACGGAGAACUGGCGCAAUUUGGAGAAGGACUGGAAUGAUACGCGAGCACGAGCGGCAGCGGCAGCCGCAGCUUCGGCAGCAGCAGCUGCUACUACAGCAACCACCAGUGGCCCCUAUGGUAUGGUUAGUGGGAAGCGUGCUCCCGAGAAGCACCAGACACUGGACAGUGGCAUCCUUGACAUCGCCGUCGGCAUCAACACGGCCGAUAUACGGCCACCGAGGCGUUCGAACAAGAAGGAAAAGUCCAAAUCAGACUUUGACCUGGCGCACAUCUCGGACUACGUGUUUGACGAUUUGCGACUGUUGCCACCGCAGCAGUUCCGCGAUGUACCACCACCGCCGGACGAGUUCCGGGAUCCACCUUCCUUCAUCGAGGAUCUGGGACCGUUGAGGGGUGGCAAGAUGAAAGCAGCACUCACCCUGGCACCGCUUAGCAUUCCUCCACCGGAACAACACCGUUCGGUGCAGUCUCAGCAGGUGAAAGGGAAGGAGGAACAGCCAUCGCAGCAACAGCAUCUUCGUCAGCAGGUUCAGUACUAUGCCACCCUGCCGAAGAGCAAUCCUACGCCAACCGUUGUCCAGCAGACGCCACUAUCGGUUGUGUUUCAGCCGCAGAUCAUAACGGCUCCGCAGUUGCCACAUCCGCAGCAGCAGCCAACGCACCAUCACUAUGCCACUCCACAUCAUUACAGCAAACCACAGCACAAUGGUCAUGGUCUGCCGAUGGUUAACAACAACGGGAAAAAGUGUGAGGUACAGGCUAUCGAUAAUCCACUCUAUCACAUCUACGAGGUGGUGAAGACUCCCCGGCCUAUCAUGAAGUCGCAGAGUUCCAACGAGCUGGCUGCCAUCGCCAAGUGUGCCGAGACGCUCAACAAUGCGAACGUUACAACGAACUACAACGCUCCAACUGCGAGCAGUAACGGUAACCUCGUGCAGCAGCAGCAGCAGCAACACUACGGGCCGAUUGGUUCAUCAGCAGUGGCCACCCCAUCGACCGUACUGGGACCAGCACAAAGCACCACCACCGUACAAGCGACAGCGAUCGAGCGGAAGUCCUCGGUACGGGAACAGAUGCAGGUUGCAGAUCCGGGCGCACCGAUCGCUGCACCGGUUCGCCGUUCCAGUAAACCGCCCACCGACGGAACUGUGGAUCAUCCGGCCGAAGAAGUAGAGGAGGAGGAGGAGGACGAAGAAGAGGAAACAGAAGAUCCGACCCGGAAGCGUGUCGAUCCGCCGAUGCAGCUGCUGGAGUUUGAGAAGUGCCGCGAAGAGUUUCGCAAGCAGAUCAACUACUCCGGUUCGAUCUACUCCGACUUUCAGAAGCUGGCCUCGGAUAUGCCGUACUUUCACAUCGCGGACGAGUUCCGGGCGUUCUCGCCGGCUGGCCUUCAUCUGGUGAUCUGUGUGCACGGGUUGGAUGGGAAUUCGGCCGACCUGCGGCUGGUGCGGACGUAUCUGGAGCUCGGACUGCCCGGGGCGCACCUCGAGUUUCUGAUGUCCGAGCGGAACCAGGGCGAUACGUUCUCGGACUUUGAGACGAUGACGGAUCGGCUGGUGGCCGAGGUGCUGUACCACAUCGAAACAUAUCAGCUCAAUCCGAGCCGCAUCUCCUUCGUGGCGCACUCGCUCGGUACGAUCAUCGUGCGAUCGGCCCUCGCCAGGCCACAGAUGCGUCCGCUCCUGUCGCGGCUCCACACUUUUCUGUCGCUGUCUGGACCACAUCUCGGUACGCUGUACAACUCCAGUGGGCUGGUGAACAUGGGAAUGUGGUUCAUGCAGAAGUGGAAGAAAUCGGGCUCGUUGCUGCAGCUGUGCUUGCGAGAUGCGGCCGAUCCACGGCUCAGCUUUCUGUACCGGUUAAGUCAACGGAGUACGCUGCAUCACUUCAAGAACGUGCUGCUGUGCGGUUCGUCCCAGGAUCGCUACGUACCACCACACUCGGCCCGUCUCGAGCUCUGCAAAUCGGCCGUACGGGAUCAAUCCAAUCUCGGAAUCGUAUACCGUGAAAUGGUGCACAACAUCAUAGCACCCAUGCUGGCCCGCCAGGAUCUCACGCUGGCCCGGUUCGAUGUACAUCACGCCCUGCCGCACACGGCCAACGCGCUGAUCGGCCGAGCGGCUCACAUUGCCGUGCUGGAUUCGGAGCUGUUCAUCGAGAAGUUUCUGCUGGUGGCCGGUCUGAAGUACUUUAGCUAGCCGCCGAAAUCAACCGAUCGUCUUAGGCGUCAAGGCCGGUACCGCCGAAUGGGCGCCAAUUGUGGUUAACCGAACGUACGAAGGUAUCCCUUGGUGAAAAGUAAGAAUAAUUGAAAUCAAAUAGCGAAAUCAAACUAGACUAGACAGGGGUACCAGUCGGGACAGUGUUCCCUUCUAGUGCUCUCAAGGUGUGUGGUGUACCAACAUCUUGAUCUGUAGUAGCAGAGGUUAGGCUGUGUAGUGAUAACGAGCGGAGUACUUUUCCCGAUCACUUUCUUUUUUUCUAAUUGUUAACGUAACGUACUGCUCGAGUGAGUGUUACUCGCGGAGCCCUAGAUGUAGAGGAAGUUAGGAUAAGCAGAUAAGAGGUAAACGAAAUCAAUCAAAGCGGAGUUGGUCGUGGUGUUGUAUACUUAAGUUCAGGGAGGAAAUUUUAAUUUUUGAUACCAAGGGGAAGACAGAGAGAGAGAGAGAGAGAGAGAGAGAGAGUGCGAGAGAGGGAAAGAUCGGUCACGUUCAUCUUCACUGCCAACGAAAGGUUCAUUUUGGGCAUUUUAUGCUAGAUGGUUUGGUUCCCGAUGGAACGCACUUUUGCUUAUUACCCGUUUGCUUAUCGAUUUACUGGUGCUUUUGUAUCGGCGUUCUUUAUCCUCUCUCAGGCUCUCUUUACCGUUUUUGGAUUGACUUUUCUGUAUUUUCCGUUGUUUUUUUAUUCACACCUUUCACGUGUUUCACUCUAAAAGGACCAGAUAGACAGCGAUGCACAACGCGAAAGGAACAUAGAAGUAGAAGAAGUACAGAAGUAAUUAAAUCUAGCAUAAAAUUAGCAAACAGCUAAGAGGGUGAGAAUGAGAAAACGUGGAAGAGAAACGGAGGAAAAACAUCAUAACGCGCACGCAACGCGUUAAAUCAAAUAGAAUCACAGAAUCAAACAAAACAAACAAUGAAGUGACACAAGACAAAGCGACGAAUCAAAUCUAAACGCAAGGACAUAGGCCCCCGGCGCACAGGCGUCCAUAGAUGGUUGAAUCAAAAUUGAGACUGAGACUGUUGCGUUGCAGAUCAAGCACAUACUGCUGCUACUACUACUGCUACUACUACUACUACUACUACUGCUACGUCCACUGGAGAUGUUGAUAUUGAUUUGAUAAUCCUUCUUUGUCGCGCCUCGCGUACUCCUGAUUCCACCAGGGUCGCCGGGUACGUUUUUACGUUUAGAUAGUACACGUACAUUGUAGUAGCCUAGAAUCGGAAAUUUCAAAAUCUAAUGUGCUCUUUCGAUAUACUCUUCUUAUUAAAAACAAACCCUAAUGAAUGGAAUACAAAAUAGAUAUACACACAGAAACAGUCCGGUAAACCGAUGGAUGGCUGUUCUAGCAUAAAAUAUGUGCUAGCGAUUGCGACCGCGCUGACGGACCGGAGAUAUGGAACAAGUAUGUGUACGAUUAGUGUGUUGCCAGAGAGAGAAAAAAGCUGUGUACUAGUGUUUCGAUCAUUUAAGUUAGAUGAAGUUCUCUCUAAAAUAGAAUAGAUAUAUACAUAUAUUUAUAUAAAUAUCACCGAGUACAGGGAUACAUCGAUUGGGCAAAGAGUGGCGCCAAAAAGCAGAAACCAAAAACAAGUAGAAGUGACAUGGUUACUACAAGGUUCGUUUGUCGGUUCGGUUUUGAGCUUUUAGCAUUUUUUCAAUUAUUGAUCGUUGCGCCGGAAGCCAGUCCCAUUUUACGCCAGCUGGUGGCAGCAGCAGCUCUCUCUCUCUCUCUCUCUAUCGGAUAGGGUUUAUACGUUUCUCCCAGCACAGCAGAGCAGAGCACGUUAAAUAGUACUUAAUCGGAUGAAAUAGUCAAUUACAACCCAACUCAACUAACCAAUGAACAAUGAACUAAAGCUAAUCAAAAUCGUUGUCCAGCGGGGGGAGGUCUUUAUGUUUUUUUAAAAUGAAUCACUACAAAUAAGCUGCUGGUAAAAAAGGGGGAGCUUUAAGUUGUCUACAAAUGAAUGGCUGUUAGUGGCAGGAUACGACCUACGAUCCGGUGACCACCCUGCGGGCGCGCAGCAAGUCUGGUGUCCUCGUGUCUAUGAGCAUCGCAUCGUAAAACCAACACCAAUUUCUUAAACACAAAAACAAACAGCCAACGGAGGGAACUUGCAGCAGUGAUGUGGAGGUAGUUCCCCUUUUUUUGUUCCCCCCCCCCUCCCCAGAGUAAAAUACCAGUAACAACCAUAGAGCCACGCUUAUCAGCUGUGAACUGCGAGUAGCAAAAGGCAACCGAGAAUAACGAGACAAGCGGGAGCAUCGUAGCAGAAGAUAGGGAAUACGUAUGCAUAACGCAACGGAUGAAUGACGGGCGUUGGCAUAGAACACAGAAAUGAUAGAACCAUAGUGUAGGUAAACGGGAAAAGGAUGAUGCGAUGGGUGAAGGUCAAGUCGGAAGAAGACAGACAACGUGAGCGGUCACUACCAUAUUAUGUACACUACCAAAGACGGGGACGGGGUCUGAAGUUGUUUGAAAUAAGUCAACCAGCCAGCCAACCAACCAACCAUGAACACAGGGUUUCGAUUACACGGAAAUUGUUGAACGCAAGCAUGUUGAAUUGAGCACUAAGCUAUGUUUAUCGAACGUUAUGAACGAUGAAGGAGAGCGAAGCGAAGGACGGUUGCAGGAAUAUGGAAUUGUUAAGCAUAACUUGCCCGAGAGUCUCUAUUUUUCCACACUAUCUAUCUUACUUAUCGUUCCAACUUAACUAUCCCUUGCUCUCUUUCGCUGUAUUGCGUUCCGUUCUCCAUCGAGGCAACGCGAUAAAAUGAUAGAACAAGUACUAUAGCAGUUGAAGCUUUUUCAGAGAACUCAAGAAAUAUUUCGUGUUACGGUAGUGCAUCUCUCUCCUUACACUUCUUUGGCCAACUUUGAAUUGUGUCACUGGAAAAGUGACCCAGGACCUCCAGAAACGUGGCAAACGGUUACGCCGGGACGGAAGGGAACGUAUAGAAUUGAAUGCAAUAACGAUGAACGAUGGAAGUGAAUGAUAUUCCGGUGAUAUAUGUAUUGAAUCUGAGAGCAGAAACAAAGAACGCGGAAUACAUUCCCCUUAUGUCCUUAUGAUCGGUGCAUGAUCGGUGAUGUAUGGUGAUCGUGAUCAGAGCAGAGGGCUCCGCAUUUUAAGCAGUACAUAGAGAUAUAGAUAUAUGCAACCACAGCCCAAUAAUAGAGCCAUCCUCUCUCCCCUCCCUCACCAAUAAUCAAACCAAACGUAAAGAAGCAUAAUUGCCAAACACCAUUUCAGUCCAUUAACCCGAAUGUUUAACCUAUAACCACACAAAAUACAAAACCGAAAGUCACUAACCGAAACACACAAGUAGCUAAUAGAGAACGUGCGCAAACGACGUCGCAAGUGGCGCCAGCAGGUGAACGCAGCGCGAGUUAAGAAUUCUCUUUGGUGUGCGCAGUUUUUUUUUCCUUUAAUUACUUAACUCAAAACGCUCGUCGAACCAACGAACGCAUGGCAGAUUACAUUGAUAGGGGAAAACAAUGGAACACCAACGGGUGGAACACCCAGGAUAUCGCAUUUUUUUGGCGGGUCAUUUUUACUUUUACCAGGACGCACAUCAUUCGACCGGAGGCACUGUGGGGCACUAUGGAAGAAUUGAAGCAGAGCAGUACUGCGUUGGUAGCGACGAGAUAUGAGGCCGAAGAUUCUCGCGUCCUUGUGGUUCUUCUUUUCGUUUCAAACCGGCAUUGCGCGAAGCGGUGUGCGGUGAAUUGGUAACAACAAAAUGUAUUGCAAAAGAUUUCAUGUGUCAUUACGGUAGUGCGCUGGGUGCCACGAGAUGGUCAAGCGAACAAGAAUAAAAAGACAUACUUCAGGACUGGA